AUGUCCUUAAAACAUUUAAAAUACCCUUUAAACAAUGGUAAUUAUUUGCCAGCUGUUGGAUUUGGAACUUGGUUAAUAAAGGGAGAUGAAAAAACACUUAAAGUUAUGGAUAUGGCAUUGGAAGCAGGCUACCGGCUUUUUGACACUGCUGCAAUGUAUGGAAAUGAAGAUGAAAUAGGAAAAGCAUUAAAAAAACUCUUACCGAAACACAAUUUAUCUAGAAACGACGUUUUUAUAACUACAAAACUAUAUCCAUCAGAUCAAGGCGAAAAAGCCUUUGAGGCAAUUAAAACUUCUUUAAAGAAAUUAGAUUGUGAUUAUAUUGAUUUAUAUUUAAUACAUUGGCCUGGAACCUAUGGAGUAAGUUCACGAAGCAAAGAAAAUGCUAUAUUGAGAGAUAUCAGCUGGCAACAAAUGGUUAGGGCUGUCAAUCUAGGGCUGAUCAAGAACAUUGGGGUGUCUAACUAUACUGUAAAUCAUUUGAAGGAGUUAUUAAGUAACAAUCAUGGUAUAAAGCCCGUUGUUAAUCAGGUCGAAUGGCAUCCAUUUUGUCACCAAAAAAAUUUAUAUGAUUUUUGUAAAAAAGAAAAUAUUCAACUGCAAGCUUACCAAUCCUUAGGAGGCGAGGGAAAUGGUGAUCUAUUGGGAAAUAAAGUUAUUAAAGGUAUUGCAAAUAAGUUGGGAAAAAACCCAGGACAGAUACUCUUGCGAUGGUCUGUUCAACAAAACGUGGCUGUAAUACCAAAAUCGCAGACUAGGGACAGGAUUAUCAGUAACAUGGAGCUAGAUUUUACCAUACCCGAUGAUCUUAUGAAUACUUUGAGUACCAUGAAACAAAACAAGUAUGAUUGGGACCCCGAGACCAUACUGUAA